UUCUCCUCCUCUUUUGAUGACCUCGGAGACAUCAACAAUGGAGAUCUCCGCGGCGGCGAAGAAAGAGGAAGCUCCGCCGGCACCUGCACCUGUGCCUGCGCCUGCGCGGUUGCCGCCGCCAUCGGAUAAUGGUAGUGCCGGCAGCAGGACGUCGUGGACGGGGAGAACGUCGCAGGUUCUGGUGAGAGCUUUAGCCUCGUGCUCGACGCUUGCCGCCACCCUCAUCAUUGCCCUCAACCAGGAGACUGAAGUCGUCGCCGGCUUCCCUAUGCACGCGGACUAUAAGUCGUCUCCUACAUUUAGAUUUUUUCUUAUAGGGAAUGGGAUCACCUGUAGCUAUUCGCUGCUCUCCAUGUUUCUAGUGUGCCUUCUCGGAAGAAACUGUGUGUUUCAUUUGGUAGAUAUGUUGGCAAUGGGACUGGCGAUCGCCUCUGCAGCAGCAGCACACGCGAUAGGAAAUGUGGGGAAGUAUGGAAAUGAUCGAACAGGGUGGCUACCGGUGUGCAACUACUACAAGAGUUACUGCAAAAAAAUGGAGAUCUCCCUCGGUUGUUGUUACUUAGGCGUUCUCUCGCUUUACCUGGUAUGCGCUAUGACCGCGGUUCAAAAGGCUUCACAAAAUAGUAAAAAGUUCGUUCAAAAGGAGUAGCAACUACUAAUGCUAGAAACUUGUUUCUGUUUCUGUUUCUGCUUCUGCUUCUGCUUCUGCUUCGAUCUUAUAUUUUUAAUUCAACCAUCGGUAUUUACGCACUAGAUGGUUACUCUGGCUUGUUAAUAAAUUUAUUUCCCUGAGAAGUGAGAAUAAUUGUUGUAAGCCUUGUUAACAUUACAAACACUCUUUGCAUGCUUAAUUUCCUUUGUUUUUUUUAUAAUAUGGUUUUUAUUGAGAA